CACAGUGAGGCAGAGCCUGCACUCCAGCUUAGCGUUCAGUUAGGCACAGACGCCCUAGCCCGUCUCCUCUCCUUGGUUUUCAUUUGGACGUUUUGUCGGUGCAGCCGAAAAGCAAUAAGCAGCCAUGGAUGCCAUCAAGAAGAAGAUGCAGAUGCUCAAGCUCGACAAGGAGAAUGCCUUGGACAGAGCUGAGCAGGCUGAGUCAGACAAGAAAGCAUCAGAGGACAAAAGCAAACAGUUAGACGACGAAAUAAGAGAGUUGGAAAAGAAAUUGCGUGUUACUGAAGACGAAAGAGAUAAAGUGUUUGAGGAGUUCCAAACUGCUGAGGAAAAGCUGCUGAUCGCCGAGGAGACCGCCACCAAGGCUGAGGGAGAUGUCGCUUCCCUUAACAGACGUAUCCAGCUGGUUGAGGAGGAGUUGGAUCGUGCUCAGGAGCGUCUGGCCACUGCCCUGACCAAGCUGGAGGAGGCUGAGAAGGCUGCUGAUGAGAGCGAGAGAGGAAUGAAGGUUAUUGAGAACAGGGCCAUGAAGGACGAGGAGAAGAUGGAGCUGCAGGAGAUCCAGCUCAAAGAGGCCAAGCACAUCGCUGAGGAGGCUGACCGCAAAUAUGAGGAGGUUGCUCGUAAGCUCGUCAUCAUUGAGGGUGACCUCGAGCGUGCAGAGGAGCGCGCUGAGCUGAAUGAAGGCAAAUGCUCUGAGCUUGAGGAAGAGUUGAAAACUGUGACCAACAACCUGAAGUCACUGGAGGCCCAGGCUGAGAAGUACUCACAGAAGGAGGACAAGUACGAGGAGGAGAUCAAGGUCCUCACCGACAAGCUGAAGGAGGCUGAGACUCGUGCUGAGUUCGCUGAGAGAUCAGUAGCCAAGCUUGAGAAGACCAUUGAUGACUUGGAAGAUGAGUUGUAUGCCCAGAAACUGAAGUACAAGGCCAUCAGCGAGGAGCUGGACCACGCCCUCAACGACAUGACUUCCAUGUAAUUUUCAACUCACUGCACCUGUUUGUUUCUCCCUGCACCUGUCCUCCUUACACCUUACAUCUCCGUACACCAACUGCCUCACCUCCAUCAUCUCCUUUACGUUUCCUUGUAUCCACCAUAACUACGACAUCCAACCCUUGUAUCUGUACCUACAUUUAAAAUGAUUAUACAGCUAUGUUUCUCUAUAGUCUUAAAGUUUAGUGUCUUAAAACAGACAUUGUAUUCUGUGUCUGUGUAAUUGAAGCAAUAAUAAUAAUUGAUGCAAUAAUUAUAACUCACUCUAAGUGGUUUCUACUCACACUUCCCUGGUGCGUGUAUGAUGAUACUUGUACGAUACCUUUGUAUCAGUAUCAUUGUUGUUUGAGACUACUGUAAACAUAACUGAAGUAAUGCAUGAAGGCUCAGCAUGAGUUGACAUUAUUUUCGCUGAAUCAACUGUGAAUUGUAUUACUUUUUUUGGGGAAAACGAAUUAUUGAGCGAUUUUCACAAGAUAUAUUGAGUGUUGUUAUUUUCUACUAACAUGGUCUACUUCUGUCUAGAAGAAAGGCCCUCUGUGUGUUUGUGAGAUCCCCCUUUGUUGAAGGUUAACAGACAAAUUUAGCAUCACUGUGGUUGCUAAAUUAGUUCCUUACCAUUUGGUUUUACUGUGGGAGAUUGACGAGAUACACCACCAUCUGUCUGGUCCAGCGCUGCUCCUCGCACUUUAGCAGAAAGAUCUUGUUGUAAUUUAGAGGGAGGAAUCGGUCAAACCUCCUUUCCAUUUUGCAUUAUGGUUUUGUAGUGUUGUGACGUGAGACGUGUGAUUCUGGCGUAUUGUGGCACACAUCUAAAAUUUGCGUAGCUGCGGCUCCAACCCCACCGGUUCACUUUACUUUCUCUCUCCCACACAGAUAAAUAUUUUACACCUCAUCAAAGAUGUCUCCUGCCGGCUGAGCAAUAUCUGUUUGCUCUCUCCAGCCUUCUCGCCAUUUUCCUUUCCCUCUCUGUCUUUGCUUUCCUUUCCUCCUCAUGUCUUCAUCCUCACACCAACGUUAAUCGCAUCCCAUCUCUUGUACAGAAUCCUAGAAACUUUCUGCGUUGUGUAAAAAAUAAACACCCUUCCUUCUAUGUAAGCUGUAUCUCUUUACUCUGUCCUUUCUUUUUCUUUUUAAUUUCUAUUUAUUUUCAAGUGGCUCUAAUAAAACCAGGAAGCCUUGAUUUUACGUAAUGUUUUUGAUUUUGUUUCUUCACCUCCACAAACCAUUAAUUGAGCUUCAUCCUGCUUUUCCUUGGUGUAGUUUUAUAGAUUUCAUUGUUCUUUUUAUUGUCUUCAAAGAUUGUUUUGUUGAAGCUAAGAUAUUUAGGAAUAUCACAGUUGUGCUAUAAGCACAGAAGCCUAGAACAUCUACAGGUACACUACUUGA